AUGCGUUCAAGAUAUCUCGAGAUACCUGUCGAGGGCAUGCAGCUCGUGAGCAGUGGGUACAACCCAGUCCUCAUGCAGAAGGGCAUGAAGGCAGCUGCCAACUUCAUUGCCUCCGAGGUUGACCAGCUGGCAAAGCCAGUUCAAAGCGGCGAUCUUAAAGAUAUCGCCACAGUUUCCGUCGGCGGAGACGAGGGCAUGGGGCAGAAGAUCUCUCAGGCUUUUGAGACAGUCGGUGACACUGGCAACGUCGUGAUCGAGGAGUCGCAGGUGCUCGAGGAUGAGGUCGAGGUGAGUGAAGGCCUGACCCUCGAUCGAGGCUACAUCUCUCCCUACUUCGUCACAGAUGCGCAGCGCCUGGUAGCAGAGCUCAAGAAGCCCCGAGUCCUCGUGACCGAUCAGAAGCUCUCAGAUGCUUACGACAUCCUUACCUUGCUGGAGGACCUGCUGAAGACCAAGCAGCCUAUCUUCAUCAUCGCAGAUGAUGUGACUGGUGAGGCUCUUCAGACCCUUGUUCUGAACAAGCAGCGGGGCAUCCUGGAUGUCGUCGCCAUCAAGGCCCCUGCCUUCGGCGCGCGGAAGACGGCAAUUUUGCAAGACCUUGCGCUGGCCACAGGUGCUGAAUUCAUCAACUCCGAGCUGGGCAUGACCCUUGCAGAUGCAACGGUGGACCAGCUCGGCACAUGUGAGAAGGUCGUCGUGGAGAAGGAGAAGGCUGUGCUGGUGACCGAUGGAAGCCAUGCAGAGGCGGUGAAGGAGCGCAUUAAGCAGCUUGAUCAGCAGCUGGAAGAGACUGACAGCAGCUACGACCAGGAGAAGAUUCAGGCGGAUCAGUCAUGUGGGAGUUUUGGAAGAAUGGGGGCUCCUUGA